CCCUGCUCAGCCUCCCCCAGCAGUGAGAUGGUCACCUUGGAGGAAUUCUUAGAGGAAAGCAACCGGAACUCCCCAACCCCUGAUACUCCCAGCUGCCGGGAUGACCUGCUGAGUGAAUACUUCCGAAAGGCCAGUGAUCCCCCAGCCACUGCAGGCCAGCUAGGACCAUCUACCAGGAAAGAAGGGGCCAAGAUGCCCACCAGCCUUGUAGCCCCCACCGUCAAGAUGGCCAUCACCACCCCUGAGGGGAGGUUGCUGAAGCCUGGGCAGUGUGUCAAGCCAAACUUCAGAUCAUCUGAGGCCGAGGCCCUGGCCCUACCCAGUGUACCCCCAAGACAGGCCCAGCCUCCCCAGAGCCUGUCUUUGGGCAGACCCCGGCAGGCCACAAUGACCCCAGCUUCCCAUACCCCUGCCAGCAGGAGUGCUUCCCUGAGCCGGGCCUUCAGCCUGGCCUCAGCUGACCUCCUCCGAGCCAGCGGGCCAGAGGCCUGCAAACAGGAGUCCCCACAGAAGCCAGGGCUUCCUGAGGUCUCGGGUGGCAGAGAAACAGGCAGCCACACCCUGCAAAGCACCACACUCCCCAACUCCCACAGCCUGGCCCGGGAACGGACCCCAUUGGUGGGAAAGACUGGCGGUUCCUCUCAGGGUCCCCGCAGCCGGCCACUGGACACGAGGCGCUUCUCACUGGCUCCACCAAAGGAAGAGAGGCUGGUCCCCCUGCAACAGUCUGCCACCGUCCCAGCCAUUGCCACUGCAGGUGGUGGCAGCGGCAGCAACUCCCAGCUCCAGCACUUCUCACCUGCUGCAGCCCCAGCUGCCAGGACCAAGGCCAAAACCCCUCCACACUCUGGGGAGGUGGCCACUAUUGCCCCUGUCCGGGUGGGGCUCAGUCUCUCAGAGGGAGAUGGGGGCCUAGGGCAGAGCUGCAGUGAGGGGCUUCCAGCCAAGAGCCCAGGUAGGUCCCCUGACUCUGCCUCUCACACCAGCCGGGCCCCUGAGGACUGCAGUCGGGGGAGCAGCUCAAAGAGCACGCCAGCAUCCCCGGAGCCAGGAGGGGACCAGCAGACAGUGUGGUAUGAGUAUGGCUGCGUGUGACUUUUGUGACUCUGGUGGAUGGGCAGCUCCGAGUCUUCCCGCUACUGGCGCACCUUCUAAUUCCAACAGCCUUUUCUCCUGUUGGCACCUGCAGUGCCAGGAAAGGGUUUGGAAUGAGGAAGGGGGUUCCUAGCAUUUCCCUUUUUGUUUUGUUAAUGAAAACACUGUGCCAAGCCCUAAGAGGAUUACACUCCCAGGUGUGUAACGCGGCUUCUGUAUCUGCAGCUUCCAGCAACUGAUACUUUUGAACAAAUCCACUUUGGCAUGGGGACCACUUAGAACUCAAUGACAACACUGACUUAUCCAAAAGCAGACACUAUUCAAGUGUGCCCUGGUAGAAUACUCAUUUGCAACGUCUUGACCUCCAUUAAAGGACACACACAACACAAACACACAUCCCAGGCUCACAAAACUAAGCCCUGGUGGGCCUGAAAACCCCACUCCCUUUUUUUCCAAAAGCCAUUUGUCCCGGGAGAUGCCCAGGCUGUUACUACAGAGAUCUUAAGGGCCUUGGGCAGACCCCAGAG